UCAAAAACGAAUGUACUAAGCAUUGAAUGAAACACCAGCCCAUGCAAUGGUGGAUUAACCCCUACUACAAGACCACCUUUCCAUAUCAAAACUGAACUGAUCUCAAUGGUAAAAAAGACACCGUCGUCCUUAAAUAACAUGUAAACUUGGUCCAUCAGUCUCGGAGCCCCUAUUAGAGUCGCUUUCCUGCGAUCGAGAAGUACUUUGCCGGAGCAUGCGACGUGCGAAACAGAGUCUGAUGCUAUUUGAGGCUGAAGGUGAGUGAGAAGUUGGAAUACAAAGUCAAGAAGUGAAAUGAACAUCACUCGUUCGAGUAAGAGAGCUCUAUCAAUUCUGGACCAGUGCCUCACCAUGGCGCACAUCAAGCAAGUUCAAUCCCACCUCGCAGUUUCGGGCACCCUUUUCGAUCCUUACGCAGCAGCCAAGAUCAUUGCCUUCUGCACCGUCUCUGAUGAUCUACGCCACGCUUAUCAACUCUUCCGUUUCAUGCCUAGUCGAACCACUUACAUUUGGAAUGUCAUGAUCAGAGGCUUUACCGACAGAAAUGAAUCCAUAAGCGCCUUAUCUGUCUACGCUGAUAUGCUUCGAAGCGGUUUCUUGCCUGAUAACUACACAUUCUCUUUUGUUCUGCGAGCUUGUGCUGAGCUCUCCAGUGUUUCUUUUGGUGUGGUGCUCCAUGCCCAUGCAAUUAGGUUGGGUUGGGAGUCUUAUGAUUUUGUGCAGAAUGGCUUGAUCCAUUUGUAUGUGACAUGUGACUUUAUAAACCCAGCUCGUAAACUGUUUGAUAUGAGUGUGCAUAAAGAUGUAGUCACCUGGACUGCAUUGGUUAAUGGGUAUGUUAGGUCCGGCCAGAUUGUGAUCGCACGCCAGCUGUUCGAUGAAAUGCCUGAGAAAAAUGCGGUUUCUUGGAGUGCUAUGAUUAACGGGUAUGUGCAUUUGGGGUUGUUUAGAGAGGCCUUGGAGCUUUUUGCUGAUAUGCAGACUGCUGGUGUUUCUCCUAACCAUGCCGGGAUUGUGGGUGCGCUCACUGCUUGCGCUUUUGUGGGUGCAUUGGAUCAGGGAAGGUGGAUACAUGCCUAUGUCAACAGGAAGGGGAUGAGAUUAGAUACAGUGUUGGGCACUGCUCUUGUUGACAUGUACACAAAGUGUGGUUGUGUUGAAACUGCUCGCGCUGUGUUUGAUGAGAUGCCGAAGAGGGAUGUGUUUGCUUUUACUUCUUUGAUAUCAGGCCUUGCUAAUAAUGGUGAGAGUGCAAGCGCCAUUUCGUUGUUUGCGAGAAUGAAGAAUGAGGGAAUUGCGCCUAAUGAAGUUACAUUUGUAUGUGUCUUGAGUGCUUGCAGUCGAGUGGGGAUGGUGGAUGAGGGAUUGCAAAUCUUCAGAAGUAUGAACAAUAGUUUCAGGAUACAGCCAGGGGUCCAGCAUUAUGGUUGUUUGGUGGAUUUACUGGGGAGAGCUGGGAUGCUAGAGGAGGCAAAUAAGAUUGUGACAGAGAUGCCAAUGGAACCAGACUCGUACGUCUUGGGUGCAUUGCUCAAUGCUUGUAGAGUUCAUGGAGACCUUGAUUUGGGAAAAGAAAUGGUAGAGCGCUUCACCGGGCAAAGAUUAGACCACAGUGGUGUGCAUGUUCUUCUUUCAAACAUUUAUGCCUCUGAAAACCAGUGGGACGAUGUCACACUCUUGAGGAAGGGAAUGGAGGAGAAAAGGGUGAGAAAGGUUCCCGGAUGUAGCUUAAUUGAAGUCAAUGGCGAGGUUUAUGAGUUUACCGCUGGAGACAGGUCGCAUGUGCUCAUGCAGGAAAUCAUGUUGUUGUCAUUUGCAACUGCCAAGCAUUUAAAGUCUUUUCGGUUUGAUGGUGAUGAAGACUAAACUGUUAAGUUGUAGCUGAGAGUCGGUUGAUACACAAGUGCUAUCAAGAAAACAUUUAUUUCUUGUUGAACUGUCUGUAUCUUUCUUCCCAAGUCUUCUUUCCUAUAGGUAAACACUUUUACUUUCUGUUCUUCCCAGAGCUCUACCUUUGCCAAUGGUAAGUUUAUAGUUUUAUACAUAUUGAUAUUGUACAUUCCAUAUUAACAGAUCCAAUAGUAACUUGAUACACUGAUCUUGUUUUCCAUAUGAAUCGAUUUAUU